AUGCGGCAGAAUCAACUAUUGGAGGCGAUAGACAAAGGUGAUAAAGAACUGUUCGUAAAACUUGGAGGCAUUUCUAACCAGGAUCUUAAUUUCGAAGUUUCUAGUGAGGGUGUGUUUCCGCUUCUUAUAGCUAGUGCAAAGGGAGACAAAGAGAUGGUAUCUCUAAUUCUGUAAAAUCCAACAAUCGACAUCUCAAAGACAGACAUUUAUGGAAUCAUGAAGCUUCUAGUUUCUAAAGGAAUUGAUACUAUGAGCAAGAACUAAAAUGGUUCGAAUGCCUUGCACAUCUCAGUUAAAAAAGGGAAUAUCGAUGUAGUUAAAAAUCUGAUAGACAUGCAUUACCCUCUCAAUAAUAUUAAAAAUAAUGGCGUUACAGCAGUCGGGAUUGCUGCCUACUCAGGUAAUGUUAGCUUAAUAGAUAUACUCUACAAGGCUGGGGCUGAUAUAAAUUUCAUUUCGAAGCAAGGCAUAACAGCUCUAUAUCUUGCAAUAAAGUAAAAUAAGCACAAUUGUGUGAAGUACCUGAUAGACAGAGGAGCUUAGAUUCAUUUGAAAGAUCCCAAUUUCGAAGAUGUUUCCCCAAUAUUUUUCGCAAUAAGGAUGAAUAAUCAAAAGGUAAUUGAGAUGAUGUGUGAUACUGGAAUUAACUUUGAGACGCUGAAGAAUAAGUAAGACUAUGAUCCCAUCCACUAUGCAUGCAAGAUUGAAAGGGAUGAUAUAGUAAACUACUUAAGUUUAAGAAUGAAAAAUCUAGAUACUGAGGAUAAGAAAGGGAGGACUCUGCUCUUUAAAUAUCUAUAAAUUGAUGAGUUUGAGAUGUGCUUAAGGCUUUUAUAAAGAGGGGCAUCUAUUAAUCAUAGAAAUAAAGACGGAAAAACAAUUCUUAUAAUGCAAGUAGAAGCGGGUAAUGAGGAGGCAGUUAAGUUCCUUUGUGGAAAGGGGUUAGACUUUCAUAUUAAAGAUAACAGCGGUAAUGAUGCUUGCUACUAUGCUAAGAGAGGUGUAGUAUUUGCAUCAUGGCCUGAAUUCGGUUAAUGCCCUUAUGAAAUCAGAUAACCUCCUAUUCUCUAAUAAUCAAUUGAUUAAGUCUUAUAACAGGAUGAUGAUUUUAUAGUAGAUAGCAAAUUGGAUUAGUUGCAAACUGGAAGACUACCAGCUGAGGAUGCCAUCACUCCUAUAAAGAUUAACAAUUUACCAGAGAUAAAGGUGCCUGAGAUAAAAUAAAUCUUGGAAUCUGAGGAUAAUCUAAAACGAUUCCAAAUAAUUGACAUGAUUUAAAUUCCAGAGACAUAUUCACUUAAAAUGAUCUAAGAUCUAAAGAAAUAAGAUGAUUAGAAAUUUAAACUUGAUUUAGAUAACCUACCUAGAGAUGGUUCUUUACAUCCAGCUGACACUCACUCACUAUUAAGGAAUGAGUAAAAUAAUGAUUUGAAGAGCAGAAGGUCAACUGAAAGAGAGAGAGUCAAGGUUGAGGCUGAAUAAAAGAAAAAUGAACUUCUUAAAAAGUUAACCAGUGAAGAAAGACCUAUGGAUACCUUUACAAAGUCUAGAGCAUCGGGAGUUAAAAUAAUAAAUAAUGAACUUGAAGAUAAACUUUAGAGAAAAGAGCAGCAUCUAGAAGCUGAAUCAAGGAAACUAGAAUAAAUAAUACAAGAGAAAAUGAGGGACUAGGAGUCACGUUUAAGGUCAAUCAGAGAGAGCAGUCAUAUGGUAAACAUUGCACAGAUGUAAUUGCCUUCAUUGACUGAUCAGCUUAACACUCUGCAGUCUAAUAAUAAUAGCAUGCUUUCAUCGAUACCAAUAUCAAGAAAUGAAACCACCUUUGACUUCAAGAUGAGACAGACUAGGAAUCUAAAAGGGAUGGACUCUAUUAAGGAAACCAUUGAUUAAUAGAGAAAAUUCCUAGAGUCUCGAGAGCUAAUUAAUAAACUAGAGUAAAAACGGCAUAGAGAGCGAAGGGAAAUAGAUAAUAUGCGCUAGACAGAACUAUCAAAGCUCAAUAGUUUGCCAGAUAAGGCGGCUGAUAACCUCUCAAAGCUCAGGUCUUAGCUCUAGAGCGAACUUAGCACAGCUUCAUUGAAUAAAAGCAGUAAAUACGAAAAAUCUUCAAUUCACAAAGAGAUCAGAAAUCUGCAACAUAAGCUUUCACCUAGAAAUUAAACACAGAUCAGAACUAUAGACUUAAAGGCUAGGAAAGAUAAUGACUUCAUGAAAAAUGACAGUGGGUUCAAUACAAUAUAGAAUAGAAAUGAUACCUCUAGGAGUCUGAUUGGAUAUCAAAACCCAACCUUAUCGACACUUGCCUAAAGACUAGCUAGUGAUAGAAAAUCAAUAGUGGAAAAUGCUUAUUCUAAUAACUAAGGAAAUUCAAGAAAUGCUGGGGGUUCUGGAUAUGAUUACUCAUCAGUUGAUAGAAUUAAGAAUAACUCAAAUGAACUGCCUUCAUUAAGAAGUAAUUAUCAGCUUUAACUGCCACAGCAAUCUAAUAGUAAUUCAAAUAAUCAAAGUCAGAGCAGCAAUAUCAAGCCUCUUUACUUCUCAACAAAAAAUUAAUUCAAUAACAACAAUAUAAAUAACAGCUUUGAUGUUGCUCUAAAAGAUAAUGUUUACACAUAAAAUAAUUUGCUCUCUUAAAAUCCAACUAAUGACCAAUUUAAUGUCGUUAGAUUUCCCUAAGCCAUGAGAUCGAAAUACAAUCUAAAUGAUAACUCUUAUUACCCAUAAAAGAAUUAGCCGAAUUAGACAAAUUACAGCAUUCGACCUCAUUUAGCUAAUUAGUAUCUCAACAAGCAAAAGAGAACUCUGAGAAUCAUACCAAAGGUUUAGCAGUCGAUGGCUUUGCCUCAGAGACAGAAUAAUCAUGUUUUGACAAGAUACCCUAUUAUAGAUCAGUCCAUAACCAGACUAGACAUCGAUGACUUCUCAGUUUAGGAAGAUCCUUAGGAUACUCUGGCUUAGAUUCAAGAUAAAUUCAACACUAUUGACUAUAAUCAUCUGCAAGCCAGAGCGCAGGACAAUUUGUCCAGAUCUCUUGAGAGGUUUAAUCCUAUUCAAAUUGACAGGAAAAGCAAGAAUAGUCUACUAAAUUAGACUAUGGAGUUUACAAGAACUAGGAACAAUAAUAACAGCAUACUUAGAAAUACCCUUGAUAACAUUAACAGUGGUAAUAGUAAUUUGAAUAUGAAUUCAACUUUACAAUUCAAAAACAGCAAUUACAAUCUGCCUACCAUUCACAACAAUGGCUAAUUUAUUCUUCACACUGAUAUGAGAGGGUAAAGCAAUGAUAAGAAAUAGCACAGUUUAUGA